CGAAAAACGUGUGCUGCGCGUGCUGCGCGUUGCCAUGGUGGCCUUGGUCCCAUCAGAGGUUCUGGCGGCGCCGCCCUCGCGGGAAGACGGCAUCGAUGAGGACUCUGAGGAUCAGCUGAGAAGAUUUGGAGCACACCUGAUCCAAAGAGCAGGCGUUUUAUUGAGACUUCCGCAGCUCACAGUCGUUGCUGCAGCUGCCUUGUUCCAGCGCUUUUACUUCCGAAAGUCCUUUGCCGAGUUCGAGGUGCGAGUGCUGGCGAUGGCGGCGGUGACGCUGGCCAGCAAGCUACAAGAGCACCCACGAAAGGUGGUGGAGGUAAUCCAGGUCUUCUACCGGCUAAAGAUGCGUGAAGUGGAGGAGGAGGAUGGUUCUGCGAGCUAUGCAGGGAAACCAACUCCUUUGCUGGAUCCAACAAAAAAGGAGUUCCACGAUGCCAAGAAGGAGCUGCUCAGUGCGGAGCGGAACAUCCUCCGUGAGCUGGGCUUUGAGGUGAACUUGCUUUUGGACCAUCCGCACAGGUAUGCCAUCGAAUAUAUCGAGCACCUGCAAAGACCUGCGGAGCUGGCCCAAAAGGUGUGGAAUUACUUGAACGAUUCGCUGCAGACCAGCUUGUGCUGCUCGCAUCAACCUCAAAACAUUGCCGGUGCGAGCUUGGUCUUAGCGUCAAAGGACCUUGGGGUGAACCUACCGUCAAAGCCUCCUUGGUGGGAGACUUUUGGUGUGCAGAUCAAGGACGCAGAGCUUAUCGCAAGCGAGAUGGAGGGUUUGUACUUGAAGAAAGCACCGGAAUAUUUUGAGGUUCCAAGGCGGAAAAAAGAGGUAUUUGAGCCUAUGACGCCUUGCCCGUCACCCCCACCAUGUGGGCCUGCGAAGUCACCUUCUGAUGAGGAGGACCAUGUGGAUGAGGGAGAAACUGCCCUGUCCCGCCAGGAUAGCACGAUCGACUACGAGCGAUUGGCGGAGGUCAUUGCGGAAAGUGAAACUGACUUUGCCAAAUGCCCAGCAGGCAGCCCGCCAGGUGAGGAGUUGAAGGAGACACAAGAGAAGCAGGAGGCAAGACCUGAUCACCAUGACCGAGGUGAGCGAGCUAAGGAUCGCCGAAAGCGAGACCGGGUCAGUGAGAGUUGCUCACAAAGCCCGGUGAAGCGAAAAAGUGUGAAGAAAGCACCAGAGGCGAGCAGAAAGGGCAAGGAUGGGAAAGAGUCUCGACGAGAGCGAGAGAGAAGGUCAAAACGCUCCAACUCUUCAGAGUCGAGAAAGAAGAAGCGGUGACUGGUUGACGCAAGAGCGAGCACAAAGCUGCAAGCCACAAGCGAAGAAACAUAACUCGAGAGCGAGCAAAUGGUGUGCUCAAUCGCACGCGCAAGUUUGUUUCGUUGGAUGUGAUUCCUGGCUUGCGGGGCCAGUGAUUCUUGCACUCGGAGCUCUGUUUUUCGACAUGUGCUCAGC